AUGGAGUUACUCACUGAACCAGCUCCCAGGUUCCCCUUAAUCUCUCACAAUGUCGACAAAGGCAAGGGCCAUGUAUUUGCCCACGAUGAGGAAUGUGAAAGAAUGAAAAGGCAGAGCUUAUGGGGUUCCAAACCAUUAGCUUCUGCACCGAACCAUGAUCUACAAAGCGGUAAUGAAGUUGAACGUGGACAUAGCUUCACCUCCUUCUUUACGGUAACAGGUUCGACGAGUUUUGCGUUAGGCUCCUAUGCCAAUGAACCAUUAUCCGGUAACCUAUUGGCUGUCAAGCGAGGGAGGAAAAGACCAUCGGCCUGGAACAGAAGGUCUAGAAAAGCUCCAGGUGAUAAUCCUCCCAAGCCUCAGGAUCAAAAGGAGGAUCCACAUGAAAACUACCCGAAGAGAAAAGCAGAGGAAAGUCCUUCGGUACAAACCAACAAAGAAGCCGCUGCCAUCCCAAUGAGCAUUUUGAACAAUCUUUGGAUCAAUGAUAACACCAUCUGA